AGCAGCGCCGGAGACGCCGGGCUUUGUCUCUCCAGACGGGGCUCGCACGCAAGGCGCCCCGCGCCCGCCCUCCUUCCCCUCUGCAGGAGGCGGCCAGAGGAGCCGGCAGGGAUGCUGGCUGCGCGGCGCCCCCCCGACGUCCUCCGCCGGCCUCGCCCGCGCCAUGCCUAGGAGUCCGGGCCGCCGCCAGCGGGACCUUGCCCUCCCUCCGCCGGCCGGAGAGCCCCCUUGGGCGGCCGGGCGGCCGGGCUGCUGCGGGGUCGGCAUGGCCCGCCGAGACCUCCUCCUGCUGACCUUGGCCGGGCUGCUGCUGGAGGCCUGGAGUGGAGGCCACGCGGCGGGCACCAGGCAGCCCCGCUUGCGCCUGGCGCACAGAGAGCUGUGGGAUAUGAACCGGACGUCGGUCUUUCAUAGUCCGUCUGGAUCGCUUGGCCUUCAUGUGAUGCUAGUGGACGAGUAUCAAGAUCGGCUCUUUAUUGGAGGAAAAAACCUGAUCUAUUCCCUCAGCUUAGACCGAGUCAGUGAAAAUUACAGAGAGAUUCACUGGCCCAGCAGCUCCCAGCAGGUGGAAGAAUGCACCAUCAAAGGGAGAUCUACGGAGGAAUGUGCAAAUCACAUCUGUGCUUUACACCGAUACAACCGAACACACCUGCUGGCCUGUGGAACGGGAGCCUUCGACCCCGUCUGCGCCUUCGUCAGAGCCGGCCAUCAGUCGGAGGGUCAUCUCUUUCACCUGGAAGCUCACCGAUUAGAGAAAGGAAGAGGCAGAUGUCCAUACGCGCCAAGUUCUUCCUUCAUGUCCACUUUAUAUGGAAGCGAACUGUUUACUGGGCUGUACAGUGACUACUGGGGGAGAGACGCUGCCAUCUUCCGCCUGAUGGGCCGCCUGGCUCACAUCCGGACCGAGCCUGACGAUGAACGGCUGCUGAAAGAACCCAAAUUUGUUAGUUCCCACGUGAUUCCUGACAACGAAGACCGGGAAGAUAACAAGGUGUAUUUCUUCUUCACCGAGAAAGCCUUGGAGGCAGAAGCAGGGGCCCAUGCGCUCUAUGCCAGGGUGGGCCGGGUCUGUGCGAACGACAUGGGAGGGCAAAGGAUGCUGGUGAAUAAGUGGACCACGUUCCUCAAAGCCAGACUGGCGUGUUCUGUACCCGGGGUGAAUGGCAUCGACACGCAUUUUGACGAGUUGGAGGACAUAUUUUUGCUCCAGACUCGGGAUAACAAAAACCCGGUGAUAUUUGGACUCUUCAACACCACCAGCAACAUAUUCCACGGGUACGCCGUCUGUGUCUAUCAUAUGGCCAGCAUUCGGGCGGCUUUCAACGGGCCGUACGCUCACAAGGAAGGGCCCGAAUACCACUGGUCUGUGUAUGAAGGCAAAGUGCCUUACCCGAGGCCUGGAUCGUGUGCCAGCAAAGUGAACGGGGGUCUGCACGGGAGCACCAAAGACUAUCCGGACGAGGCCAUCCGCUUCGCUCGAACCCACCCGCUGAUGUAUCAGACGGUCCGGCCGGUGCACAAGAGGCCAAUCCUUGUGAAGACAAAUGGGAAGUACAGACUCAAGCAGAUAGCAGUGGACAGGGUGGAAGCAGAAGACGGCCAAUACGACGUCUUGUUUAUCGGGACAGAUACUGGAAUUGUCUUGAAAGUUAUCACCAUUUACAACCAAGAGACAGAAUCUAUGGAGGAGGUGAUUCUUGAGGAGCUGCAGGUGUUCAAAGUGCCAGCUUCCAUUAUUUUUAUGGAAAUUUCUUCCAAAAGACAACAAAUCUACGUUGGGUCGGAGUCUGCGGUUGCACAGGUGAAGUUCCACCAGUGUGACAUGUAUGGGUCGGCUUGCGCCGAUUGCUGCCUGGCAAGAGAUCCCUACUGUGCCUGGGAUGGGAUCUCCUGUUCCAGAUAUUAUCCCACAGGGACACAGACGAAAAGACGCUUCCGUAGACAAGAUAUCCGUCACGGAAACGCAGCUCAGCAGUGCUUCGGCCAGCAGUUGCUAGGAGACGCCUCGGGCAAAGCAGAGGAGCGGCUGGUGUACGGCAUAGAGCACAACAGCACCCUCCUGGAGUGCGUCCCCAGGACCCUGCAGGCCAAAGUGAUGUGGCUUGUGCAGAGAGCGCACGAAGCCCGGAAGGAAGAGGUGAAGGCUGAUGAGAGAAUCCUUAAAAUGGACAUCGGGCUCUUGUUUUUAAGACUGCACCGGAUGGAUGCUGGGACGUAUUUUUGCCAGACGGUGGAGCACAGCAUUGUUCACACGGUGAGAAAAAUCACCCUGGAAGUGGUGGAAGAGGAACGUGUAGAUUACAUGUUCAGCAAGGACUACGAAGAGGAGCUGGCUCAGAAAAUGCCCUGCCCUGCCCAGAGCAGCAUCUCCCACAGAUCGAAGCCCUGGUACAAGGAGUUCCUGCAACUCAUAGGAUACAGCAAUUUUCAGAGAGUGGAGGAAUAUUGCGAAAAAGUCUGGUGCACAGACAAGAAGAGGAAAAAGCUGAAAAUGACUCCAUCCAAGUGGAAGUAUGCCAAUCCACCAGAGAAAAAGGCGCGUGUCAAAUCGGAGCAUUUCCGAGUUCCCAGGCACACCCAGGCUGACUCCUGAUGGGGGAGAUCCCGUAAUAUCGUUCAGCCCCUCCCCCAAAACAAAUCCAUCCGGGAGACCUUUGUGGUGUUUGGACCCAGUGUGGGGUAGGGGAUGUUGAGACUGGAAAUGAGCUAAAGUGCUUUUAGUAAGUUAUAUACUUGAUGUCUAUUUAGAUGCAUUUUUUAAAAAGAAAACCUACUUAAUUGUUGAAUUUUAAUUGUAGCAUUAUGAAUCAAGCUUCAAUUGAAAGACAAUCUGACAAUCUUCAUAUUCAGCAUUUAGUCCAAUUAAUCACGGACUUGCUUGCACUGUAUAUUUUAGUGUACUUCGGGGUAUUUAAGUGAGUUCAGAUUGCUGAUGUUUUGAUAAGCAAAGCAACAGGGAAUUGUAUCGUUUGGGGAUUUUUUAUUUAAAACAUAGCUAUAAUUGAUUUCCAUGUGGCGGAUCCUAAAGCCUCGUUCUAAAUUCUAGAAAUUUUACAGUUUUACCUUCCGAAAAGCAUGUUUCUAAUUCUUGCUCGGUUUGCCUAUGUGAGUUCAUGGGAGGAGUGGAGAGCAGGAAGAAGGUAAUCAUAAAUAAAAGCGGAAAAACAAAGGAAAAGCAAAACUAUCUGGGCAGUGCAGCGGAGCACAUCUGCGGAAGCCAUGAGGAGGCGUCUUCCUUGCCAUGGACACAUUAGCAGGCGCGAAGAAAGCAUUGCUGUCGAGCUUUCCUGAACUGAGCCCAACUAUUCCACUGAUGGCUUCCGGUGCCUUGUGCCAAGAAGGGGAGCAGACGAUCCCAGGUCCACCCUGUGGGGACCAUUUAAGAGCUCGAGAGGAUCAGGAUACAGGCUGACAAAACAAGGUUUAAAGUCAGCCAUGUGUGUGAAUAU